UGUUUGACACAGUUUUGAGCAAAAGAAACAAAAAAAAUUGCUGUGAGGAGAGGAGGGGAUCAUCAUCAUCAUCAUCUCAGGUUCUGGAUUUGGCUGCUACAGAUUUGAAUCCGCCUUGAGUGAGACACGAAAUCAUGAUCGGUUGUUUCGGAAGGCGAUAUGACAUGCUUGAUAAUGUUAGCUUCUGGGAUACAUUUUGUGCUUCUUGUUAGCCGGCAAGGAAAGGUAAGGCUCACCAAAUGGUAUUCUCCUUAUGCACAGAAGGAAAGAUCUAAGGUUAUACGAGAACUCAGUGGAGUGAUUCUGAAUCGAGGUCCCAAGCUCUGCAAUUUUGUUGAAUGGAGAGGCUACAAAGUUGUUUACAAAAGAUAUGCAAGUCUCUACUUCUGCAUGUGCAUUGAUCAGGAGGAUAACGAGUUAGAAGUCCUUGAGAUCAUUCAUCACUAUGUUGAGAUUCUCGAUCGCUAUUUUGGAAGUGUGUGUGAACUCGAUUUGAUUUUUAACUUCCACAAGGCAUAUUACAUAUUGGAUGAGCUCUUGAUUGCUGGGGAGCUUCAAGAGUCGAGCAAGAAAACAGUAGCCAGGAUUAUAUCCGCCCAGGAUCAACUUGUGGAGGUUGCAAAAGAGGAGGCCAGUUCGAUAAGUAAUAUAAUCGCUCAGGCUACUAAGUAGUUUCUUUCAUCAUCUAUGCACUCCUUGCAGUUAAAUCAUGUUUCCUGUGUACUGCUACAGUAAAUGUUUUUGAGAAUUAUUUUUUCAAACUUUUUCCUCUUUCAUUUUAAAGCAUCCCUAUCUUCUAUCUGUAUGUUUUGAUUUGGGUCAUCAAACAAGUUAAAUUAGAUCGUUUGUAACA